GGUCAACUGACGUUUCACGUUUGCCGUGAACGUAAAUCUAAAACUCUCUAACUGAUAAGUGAAAACUGCCGAACUUCGGCUGCACUGUUACUCUUAGCUUCAAGGAAAGUCAAGCUUUUGGAGAGAUAUUAUCAUGUUCAUUUUAGUUCCAAAUAUCAUCAAGAGCUGACUAAGUCCCUGAAAGCAUGGCGAAUCUCUUAAGGUACCUGAAGAGACCGGCCCAUCUUUCCAGUUUGGUUUUCAUUAUCGUUAUUACCCUGGUGAUCAUCAUUUACAACAUAUCUACCGUGUGGAAAAGUAUUAACUUAUCAGUUGUUAAGGUGAAAGUACGCACCGUUAUUGAAGAUUACCAUGGCAACUACCACAACAUUAAGAAGAUAUCAGGUCAGAAAGGAAGCAAGAUUGAUGACAAUGAACGAAGAGACGACAGAUCAAGCCAUCAAAAACAUGAAGAAAUUCUUUCCAAGGGACAAGGAAGAAAACCUUUUGAAACCCAUAUGUGGGACGAGAGGAACAGAUUAAGAUUAUGCGGCAGUGGAUGGCAAGAUAAGUAUGCUCGAUUACAUAGUGACAUGGUAGCGUCCAGGAAGAAUGAAAAAUACCUGGUAUACACAUGUCCAGGAAACAGACAAGGCUGCUGUGGAUAUGGCAAUAGAUUACGUGCAGUGAUAUCACUAUUCUACCUAUCUAUAUUGACGGGUAGAGCAUUCUUAAUCAACUGGCAGACACCGGAGCCUAUAGAAAACCAUUUGAAGCCCAAGAGGAUUCUGUGGAAUCAUUCAAGUCCACUUGACAYAUGCACAGGCCUAGAGACGCGCCGUCACUACUGGGGAACAGCCAGUGCAGAGCUUCGGGAAGCUGAAGGAUGGAUAAUACAAGACAGUAAACACUUUAAAAACUGGUUUACAAGGACAAAUUUGAGCAGUUAUUUUGAUGCUCCGAUUGAAGAAGUGACUACUAUUURGUAUUUUGUCGAGGGUGGGGUUAAAAACAACCCAUAUCUUAUGCGCCGAGCAAAAGAAUUAAACAUCACGCCAUUGAUUUCUUCCGGGCUUCCUAAAUAUGCCCUCAUCGGUUGCGCAUUUGAUUUCUUGUUUGAAAAGUCGCGCGCRGUGGAGCAUCUCCUUCAGUUGUGGAGAGACAAAGUACGUGAGGCUGGUGGACCGACCAUUGGUAUGCAUAUAAGGACAGGGGAUCUACAGUUUGACUAUUUUUCUCGUGAGGACGAAAGAAUUAAUAACCUCAAAAACCUCACUAGACUUAAUGGAUUCUUCAAGUGUGCAAGACACGUAGAACGAACAGUUUUCAAGUUCAAUGAAAGCUCAAAUAACGCUCUAUGGUUCCUGGCAACAGAUAACAACCGUGUGAAGGAAUACGCCAGGAAAAACUUUCGAAAGAAAGUCGUCACCACCAACUUGACGAUACAACACCUGGAUAUUUUACAUAAUACAACAAUCUUAAAUGAUACAAUCGAGUGUAACUUUACGACUGGAUUCAAUGGUUCAGCAUUUUGUUACAAURUUGUACCAUUUAAUAAGACUCUGUUCUGCGCCAAUCGUACAAAUCACACGACGAUCAACGAUAAUAGUACGAUAUUCAACGAUACUCAUCGAUAUACAAAAGGUAUUAUAGCAAUGCUGGUUGAACAUUUUAUUCUCUCCGAAUGUGAUUUUCUUAUUAUCUGCGACAGCAGUUUUAGUUCUACAGCGGUAGGUCUAAGCAUGCGCGGUGGUGAGUCGUUUGUUUUUGGUGAUCGUGACUGUCUUGACUACACACGAGCACAAAACCUGAGAAAAAUAAGAUAUUUUAGGAAGAAAAGAUCCACGCAUCAAAUAAUGAAUGAAAGAAUGAAGAAAGGAAAUUUAGAUUAAUGGUCGGGUCUUAAAACCCUUACACUAUGAUCUGAAUUCACAAUGAAAAUGACCAAACAUGGGAUAGUCUUCGUUUUGCACGGGAUACUUGAACAGCUACGAUUGAAACAGGAAGAGUUACGGACGGUUUCCAAAUGAUGUUCGGGUUUUAGGACUCUUACAACAGAUCUGAAUUCAUAAUGAAAAUUACCAAAUAUGGGCUUCAUUUGGUAAUUCUCAUUAUGAAUUCAGAUCUUUGUUGUCACGUGUAAAGCGAAGAAGAAUCGGAUUCUUCGCUUUGCACGUGAUACGUGAAACAGCUAAGGCCCGGUUCGUACGUCGAACUUUUCAUGAACCGAACCUAAUGCAUAUAUUAUAUUUAAUCGCAAAUCGUAAAAAGGGGGGGGGAGGGGGCAAGCAGGUUUAUCAUGAGCUGUGCAUGCGCAUGAACAUCAACAUGGCUUCCACGUGUUAUAUGUGUGAUUCGUGUUUUGUAACCACGAAAUACGUUUGUAUUUCUUGUAAAAUGCCAAUAUGCAAUAAGUGUUUAUGUUUUGAAAGCGAUGAAGAACGGCCUGGUUGAGUUGCAGCAAGAAGUAUAGGAUGGCCGAGCGGGGAACUGCGGAAGAGUCUGAUUUCUAUAUUACUGUAUGUUAACCGCUGUCCUAAAUGCUUGACUUGGAAAAAUCUAAUUGGAUCGACUGAAUUUGGUACGACGUCUGAAGCAAAAGUAGAUAUUUGACGAUCUUUGGUCGAUCUUCAACGUGUUAGGUUCGGUUCAUGAAAAGUUCGACGUAUGAACCGGGCCUAAGAUUCGAUGGAGACAUGAACAGUGGCGAACGGUUACCAAAGAUCGAGUAAGAAAGGAAGGAGGAGAGUUACAUUAGACUUGAUAUGAUUUCCAUAGCAUUUUGUAAAUGUAAAUAAAGAAGAUAAUUGAAGAUAGAGAAUGGAGAACGGAGAGUCUUUAGAAAGAAAAAUACAAAUCAUCUUGAA